AUGGUGGAGAUAAGGGAGGAGUCAUCUGAACCUUUCAAUCCUUCAUCGUCAGCCAGCUCAUCGAGAGCCCAAGCAAGCAGGCCAACACCAGGCUCAAUAUCGAUCUCGCAAUAUGUUUCGGAAAAUAUUAUGGAUUGUUGUCUACUUGGAACAAGGUUGAUGACGUUGUUUUUCACAAUAUGCUAUUUGCUGCCUUUUUUGUCUCCAGUAGCGCCAGAUUCUGCCUACUAUAAAGCUUUUGCCGCAGCUGCUGCAACAAAUGCGCUGCGAAUGCAGCAACGAGUCGGAACUGUUUCUUUUUCUCGUGAAUUUUUCUCCCGUCUUCUUCUUGAGGACAGUUGUCAUUACUUAUUCUACUCAAUUCUUUUUCUGACAUCUGCGCCUGUGACUAUGGCUCUUCUCCCAAUCUCUUUAUUUGCUGCUCUGCACGCAGCUGCUCAGCUGGUGAAACUCCUGACAGCGAUUGGACAUGGAGGGUCAAUGGUCGCCCUCCGUUUAGCUUCGAUCGCUCAACAGCACACUACGAACUGCCUGGGAAUCAUAGCUUGUGGAGAAAUUUUCCUUAUUCCAGUUCUCAUCUCCAUGAUUUUCGUCGGAAAAGCUUCGCUGUUCGUGCCUUUUGUCUACUAUCGUUUCCUCACGUUACGGUAUGCAUCACAGAGGAACCCAAGCACAAGACAAGCGUUCGCUCAGAUGCGUUACUCACUGGAUCAAGUGGCGGUAUCUCCCAAUUGUCCUCAAGUGAUACGAUCACUUAUAUAUAAUUCCGUGGCAUUCAUCUCUCGGCUUGCUCCUGUUGUCUGA